AUGAUCACUGGGGUUAGACGAGUUUCUCAAAAGACGGGACGUCGUGGUGACGUCACGACAUUCCAGCGCAAGUUCGGCGGUCUCGGAUCCGCUCAGAAGAAACUGGGCGGAGAGACGGAGGGACGGACGGACGGACCACAACGCGCAUAUAGCAUGAGGUCCGCGUGUUCAAGGGUGUGCGCGCCGGCGCUAUUACUGCUGCUGCUGCUGCUGCUGCCGCUGCCGGGCCCGACGUCGACGACCCGGCUUUCGGCUCCGUCCGCCCGACUGACGGAACUCUUCGGAAGCUUCCGCUCGCCCGCCUUCCCGGCGGCCUACCCAGACGAGACGCGACGCCGCUGGGACGUGGCCGUUCCCGUCGGCUUCCGCGUUCGACUUUACUUCAGCCAUUUUGACCUGGAGCCGUCCGACUCGUGCCAGUGUGACUAUGUCAAGGUGGAGGCGGAGGACGGGUCCGGGGGCGGAGCGUCCCUCCUGGGCGUGUUCUGCGGCGGCCGGGCCCGGGAUCCGGAAAGCGCGCCGGGCGAGGACGCCCUGCUCUCUCCCGCCAACGCGCUGAGCGUGACCUUCUCGUCCGACUUUUCCAACGAGGAAGAGUUCGGCGGAUUUGUGGCGCACUACAGCGCCGUCGACGUGGACGAGUGCGCGGAGGACGAGGAGGCCGCCUGCGAUCACCUGUGUCACAACUACGCCGGCGGUUUCUACUGCUCCUGUCGCCGCGGUUACCUGCUGCACGGCGACAACCGCACCUGCAAAGCCGAGUGCCACGGGGCGGUCUAUCGGGAGCCGGCGGGUUCGCUGAGCAGCCCCGACUUCCCGUCGCCGUACCCCAAGAGCUCCGACUGCUCCUACGUCAUCCGGGCGCCGGCCGGCCGGAAGCUCCGCCUUCGCUUCGACGACGCCUUCGACGUGGAGGACCACCCGGAGGCCGCGUGUCCCUACGACUACGUCGAGAUCCAAACGGCGACCGGAGAGCUGGGUCCGUUUUGCGGCCGUCGCUCGCCCGGCCUCAUCCGGAUCGACGCCGACGCCGUCGUCGUCUCCUUUCACAGCGACCACUUGGGAGAAAACACGGGAUGGAGGAUGACCUACACCUCUGAGGAGACGGGAAGUGUGUGUACGCCUCCCACCAACGUAACGGCGAGUCCGCCGGCGUCCCGCUUCUCCUCGGGCGACGUCGUCCGGGUCCGGUGUUCGCCGGGCUCGGAGUUCGUCAAGGACGGCGAGCGCGUGGCGGGCGGCGAGCUUGAAUUGCGGUGUCGGCGAGACGGCACGUGGGAUACCGCGCUUCCCGUCUGUCAAACGGUGGAUUGCGGCACGCCGCCAAACGUGGACGGCGCUCGAGCGGCCUUCGGCGACCGCCACAACUCGACCCGAUUCGGGGCCGUCGUCCGCUACGUCUGCGACGACGCCUACCGACAAAUACGCCCCGAAGACGGCGAAUACUUUUGCGGGCCCGACGGGCUGUGGGUCAACCGGGCGGCAGGGGCGGAGCUCCCUACCUGCGAGCCCGCGUGCGGCCGGCCGUCGCGACCUCUGGCCGCUCGGGCCAAACGCGUCGUGGGCGGGCGGGCGGCCGAGCCCGGAAACUUCCCCUGGCAGGUCCUGCUGAGCGUGGAGGACUCCAGCCGCGUCCCCUCGGAACGCCGGUUCGGCUCGGGGGCCCUGCUGUCGGACGCCUGGGUCCUGAGCGCCGCCCACGUCCUGAGCUCCCGCCGUCGGCGCGUCGGCGCCGUCCCCGUGGAUCCCCGACACGUCAAGGUACUGGCGGGCGUGGUGGACAAGCGGGAGGCGGGGGGCCUUUCCGUGACCCGGGUGGUUCUCCAUCCCGACUUCCGGCCCAGCGACUUUGACAAUGACAUCGCCUUGGUCCGGCUGAGCGUCAGAGUGGCGCUCGCCGCCGCCGUGCGGCCCAUCUGCCUGCCGCCGCCACAGCAGGGCGACGCCCCCGCGGCUCCUCCCGACACCCUGGGCGCGGUGGCCGGGUGGGGCGCGUCCGGCACCGCCGCCGCGUCCGACCUCCUCCGUUUCGCGCGGCUGCCGGUGGUCCCUCAGGACGAGUGCCGCGCCAGCUACGCGGCCCGCCCGGGCGGCGGCUACAACGUCACGGACAACAUGUUCUGCGCCGGCUUCUACGAGGGCGGCCGAGACACCUGCCCGGGCGACAGCGGGGGCGCCUUCGCCGUCCCGGACCCCGUCACCGGCCGCUGGGCGGCGCUGGGUCUGGUGUCCUGGGCGGGGCCCGAAGAGUGCGGCGCCCGCCGCGUCUACGGCGUCUACACGCGCGUCGACAGAUACUUGGAAUGGAUACGCCGGUGCCAGAACGCGCCUUAA